UCCGUAGCUGCGUGGUAAUACACCGAGACUCUGUAUUUUCAUCUUAGCACAGCUGAGUAGUAAUCUUCGGAAAAGUAUCUUUUCGACUGUAAUUAAUGUCCAAAAACAUCCUUUCGAGUCAAUAAUUCCAUAGAGGAUCAAAUAAUUCGAACGAAUAUAGUUAAAGCAAUUAUUCCAAAGCGAUUUUUUUUUUUUGCCUGGCAUAUGAUUCGGACUACUGGUUUCGUCGUGAUGUUGGUUUGGAGGUUGAUGAAUAUUACAGCUCAUAACAAGUUUGAUCUUCUGUGAAUCAAGUUCUUUUUUCGGUAAAAUUUGAAAAGACUGCCGUAUCGAUGUGCGUGUAUUGGAGAAUAAGCCUAAUGUUGGAACUAGACAGAAUAAGGCUUUAGUGGCACCAGAAUCCGAAGUUUUAGAUGUGACUUUGGGUUAUUUUGGUGUUGGAAAUAGAUUGUUUCACCAACUAUGGGUAACCCCACAGAAUUAGAACAGACACCACAGACUGAACGCAACUCAACUUCAACUGGUAAUAAUGGAUCUGGAAUCAUUCUCUAUGUUACGAGAGAAAGUGGUUCAUUUCCGCCUUCAUAUUCAGAGAGUCAGAGUAGUUUGGGCGAACCCUCUUCGUCCUCGACAAAUGAGACUUUAGUCCUGUCCACCUCGUCAAACAACCUGAACAGUAUGACGCAAUCUCCAUCUUGCAGCCAAACUGAAAACAAUGAUAUGAAUGAUACUGCAGAACAAGAAAACGGGAAUAAUUCCAUCUCGGUGAACGCUGAGAGCGACGCGACGAGAAGUGUGAGUGAAGAGGUCAUGACAACACGCAUCUUGUGGCCUCACAGUACCUCGUGCACGUUUGCCUGUUUUAGUUGUAUCGUUGGAGUAUACAACAUCAACAGGUUUUCUCUGUUGGUUUAUUUGUAUAAAGCAUGUUUUAUUGUCGAGUUCCUCAUCUUGUCCCUGGUACUUGGAAUUCCGUUCCUAUGUCUACAGAUGACUUUAGGACAAUAUAUAGGAUCUGGACUGGUAGAUAUGUGGUACAUUUCUCCAGCAUUUAAAGGUAUUGGAUUUGCUCUUCUUUACGCUUACAUUGUUCUAGGCGUCUAUACCGCAGUGCCUGUUGCCUGGCUUUUCGUGUAUUUCAAAGAUUCCUUUAUUACAUCCAAUCAAAAAUACCUCUGGGAAACGUGUCAAGGAAAUUUCUCCAGAAUCUAUUGUGUUGAAAGCCAAAACCAGUCAUCACUGGAUUUCGUCGGAUGGUCAGUUUCAUCUUAUUUUCAUGGCAACGUGCUACACAGAAACGGCUACAGCAAUCAGAUGGCAAAUUUGAGAUUUGAAAUAGCGUUUAAUCUAGCUGUUGUCUGGUUAAUUGUCUUCCUCGUCCUCAGCCGUGGGAAUCAGUUGUACGGAAAGUUAGUCUAUGCUCUUGUUGCUGUUCCAGUAAGCUUAAUGCUUUUGAUAACAGUCAGAGUUAUGGAACAAUGGGGAAGUGGGAUUUCAACAUUGUUCGAUACGCCAUGGAAAUCAAUACUCAUGGAUUCUACGUCUUGGUUGCUGGCAGCCAGAGAAGUGUUUCUUACAUGGGUUCUAUACGGCGCCCUCUGUCAGCAGAUGUGUAGUCACAACAAAAUAUCUUCUAGUAUCAUCAAAAACGUCUUAGCUGUUGGAGUUGGAACAAUCUUCAUUCUAAUACUUGCGUCACUGCUCUUCGCUAGUUGUAUGCGUGCUAUCACUGAUAAGGAUAUGACUCUUAUUCCUUCAUCCUUCGAAAAACCCGAAUCUGUUAAGUUUUUACUUCCAACAUCAAAAUUUCAAACAACUUUGACGAACGUAACACCAAUCAACUUCGUUAUUGGUGAAUGCCUUUUCUCUUCUGUAAAAGACCCGCUAUCUAGUGGCUAUCAGGUGCUUCGUUUCACUACAGAAAUUUUUCCUGCCACGAUUGCGCUAAGUGGGGUAUCAACAGUUUCCUCGUUUUGGUCGAUUAGUUUUUUUUUGAUGAUGAUUACCUUUGGCCUUGCGCAACAGGUUGCACUGUGGAGUGUGGUUAUUGAUUCUGUGAUAGCCUUAAAGCCGAAGAUUCUCAAAGCCUGGCAGACUUUCCUAACCAUUAUCUGCUGUAUCACCGGUUUCCUAUUAGGCCUGCCAAUGACGACCAAUAUUGGUUUGUUAAUUCUGUUCUUCCUGGAUGUGUGCAUUGGAUCUCUGUGGUGGGUGGGGAGUGUGUUUCUCGUUACGAUAAUUGUCAUUUUGUUUAUCAGAGGUCGUCCUUACGGAACAGAUCAACUUGUAUGCCUCAUAAGUCAACAACAGGCCACGCGUGUUUUGGUUCUUCCAAUGCUUACUUUUCAAUGGAACGUGGUUCUUCCAGUGUCUUAUCUGAUACUUUCCAUUGCCUUUGUCCGGUCUGGAAAUGUUGACUCAACAUACCCUUGGCAAGAUAACGACACUGGCGACACCUACUGGCCACUGUGGCUUAAGAAGCUGGCUGUUAUAAUACAAACGCUUCCACUGCUGAUAGUCAUUGGAGGUUGCAUUUUUCAAGCAUUUCGCUAUUUAAAAACUUUCACUGGACAAACUUUGAAUGAGCGUAUACAACAAUGGUGCUGUCCCGUGUUUGCCACAGCAAAUAUGGCUUUAACGUCGUCACAAAACAAUGUUGUGUCGUCUUCUCCGAUAGGAGGCGCUGUUAAUACGACGUUUGAAGACGAUCCACCACCUAAGUAUACGCCGCCUCCAUCUUAUUCCUCUGCAACAGCGCGGAUGCUCAUACAAAAACUAGUGCGAAGUCGAUCUUUGAACGAAGGCAAGAACCGGAAAGCUGUCAAUCGUUUGUUCUUUUCACCAGUUCUUCCGGUCACGUUGGAAACGAUAUAUGGCGAGACUUUACCAAGUAAUUUUUCUACGCCUGGUUCUUCUCUGUCAUCACCUACAAAUUAGAAAUAUCUAUCUGAGCGUAUUGUACAUAACAAACGUAAUAAAUAAAUUCAAAUAUAAACUAUUAGAAAAUAGAAUAUUUAGCUUGUUUUAGCGCAAAUCUAAAUAAUGGGCUACAUGUGCUCUGUCCAUAACGGGGAAUUGAAUCCCGGAGUAUAACGUUGUAAUUUCGUGAACUUACCGCUGAUCCACUGCAAAACGAAGUAGAGUGUAUAAAGAAACUAAGAGAAAAUAUAAAAAAAGGAAAAUUUUACUUCUUAAAAAGCUGGACUCUACUAUUUAUCAUACAAAGUAAAUUUUAAAUGAUGGAUUUGAAAGUAAUUUGUAUUCUUCUUGUUGUUCCUCAAGCAACGUGAAAUCAUUGUAAUUUCAAUGUAUUUAAACAAAUGCAUUAUUUAUGAAUACUUAUUGCUCCCCCCCCCCUUAGUGGCUCAGCGAUAAGCUUGAAGUUUUACAAUGCUAAAAUUCAUGGUUCGACCCUUGCAGUGGGCAUAGCGCAGACAGCCCAUUUUCUCUUAAACAAAACGAGCAAAUAAACAGUAUGUAUGUAUCUUUUCGUACAAGUUGUAAGUGUCAAAACACUACGGGAUCCAUUUGUUUAUGAGGCAUUGAAACAUGCAAAACACACAGAUAUGGUAUAAUAAACGAUUUGUUUCUUACUCUAGAUUAAAUGUUUUUCUGCUUGCCGAUUGGAGAAUGAAAUCCGCCACAACAUUUUUUACUAGUUGGAGAGAUUUAAUUCUAAACGUACUAUUAUAUUUUCUCUAUUAGGCUUCUUCCUAAAUAGGGCCAGACGCGGCCCUGUGGUAAGCAUGCUAGCUUGUAGGGCUGUGGUUCGUGUUCCGUUACUGGUGGUUGGGGUUGACUAUCGACUUUACUUCUAGACUAUUAGUUCAAAAUUAAGGACGACUAGGCUAGUGUAAGUAGCCCUCGUGUAGCUUUGCACAAAACCAAACAAACAUUUUCUGAAUGAGAGACUCGCAAACAAUAUUUACCAAGGACUGUAAAUCAUAAAUGUGACAAACUUGCCAAAUUUUUGACGUAUUCCUGAUAAUCUAGAGUUUGUAUUAUUAUUCCAUGACUUAACAUUUCUGGAACACACUUUUUUUAAGUGGCUAUCCUCGCACAUGUAAAAAAUAUCAAUGAAUGUAAUAAACCUGUAAAAAAGCUAGAAAUUAAUGUAAAUUGGUUAACUUUGAUCUUGGAAUUAUUUAACUAUAAUUAUUUCAAUAUAUGUCAAUUAAAUCUUUUAAUGUUAAGGAAACAGACUAAAAAACUAGUAAAAAUACCACUAAAAACAUAAUAGAAAGUACCUAAACUAGAUGUACUGUACUUGCGAAGAGUCCCCGAAAGUGUUUUGGUUCGAGAGCAAAUAAAACCAAAAUUAAGAGUAACAAAUAUUUUUAUUUCUUGCUUUUGAAGGUCCUAUGUCAUGCUUUAUUUUAGCAUACAGAGUGCGUAAUUCUUCUCGUGAUUCAGGAUGUGCACGUCUUACUGACGUCACGACAGUACAAAUUGCAACGUUAAGAGUCCCUUGUGUGACGCCAUUUUAAUGUCUACUGACUGACUGACAAAUAACAUGCAUCUGUAUAGUGAUGCGAGUGGUUAAAACAAAUGACCCCUUCAGGCGGCUUUCGAUCCCUUUUCGGGGAAAUAGCGCCUCUCUCUGGUGGUGAGCGGGAAGUCUGCAGGCUUAUUACGAUUAAAAUAGAGUUCGAUAUCACUAUCAGCAAAGGACAGAUUGAAAGUAAAUUUCGCGAUGCGUGCAAACCACGUAAAACAAAGAACACUAUGUGGUGAGUAGUCAGUGCUUGAAUAAUUUCCAAUUUCAUUUACCUGUGUUAGAUUUCAUUCUUAUUAUCGCACACCUUUGAUCCUUCUUCGAAUAUUUACCAAAGGCGGAGUUUAGAGUCUGAAUUUACUUCAAUUCACCAAGAGAUGGCGCGUCUCUUUACAGAAAGUCGGACAAACCAUGAACGUUUCAUGUGAUUCAUAUCAGUUCAUUUCAGUAAAUAGAUUUUUUAAAUUCAGAAGAUAAGCAGUAUGAAAACUAUAAAAAACCAAACUAAUUGAUAAUAAUAGAAGAAAGAUAUCGUAAAACCAACCAAUAACAAUAGUAAUUAUUUAAUAUAUUAGUUUUACCUAUUGAUUAAAUAUUAUU